AGUCCAGUGGCCAUUCUCAGCAACUCACGCGUAGCACGCACGCGCAUAAAUCCACGGCUUUUUUAAACGAUCCACCACCACUGCUACUGCGAUGGCUGACGAUCAAGAUCGUGAAACGUUCAAACCGGAAACGAUUAACGGUGUUUUCAAGGCGUCAUGGAAAGAAUCAAAUACUCGAGCAAACAAGGACGCGUUGCUUCUUUCAACCGAGUUUCUAAGACUAUUUACAACUGAGGCACUUCAUCGCUCCGCAGAAAAAGCUUCUGAAGAGGAAGAAGAGAUCAAGCCAGAACAUUUAGAGCGCUCAUUAACACAACUCAUGUUGGAUUUUUGAGAGAAAAAAAAAACUGACUUUUUUGGAGAAUUUGCUGUUGAUUGCUACUACUGCUGCUGCUAUCAUUUGGCUGUGGAUAAGGAUGGUGUUGUUGUUGUUGUU